CCAGCUAUUGGUCACAGGCUGACAGCGAGAAGGGGAUUUAGUGGUUUUGCGUUCAUUCGGUGCAAGACUUCUCCCGCAGCACAGCUCGGAGGUUUUCCCGAGUGUUAUCUCAAGGAUGAAGGUUGAUAUCCAUAAUCACAUUUUACCAAAGGAGUGGCCAGAUCUGAAGCAGAGAUAUGGAUACGAUGGGUUUGUCCAACUUCAACAUCACUGCAAGGGUGAAGCAAACAUGAUGAAGGAUGGCAAUCUGUUCCGGGUGAUUCAAGAAAACUGCUGGGAUGCGAAUGCGCGCAUACAAGACAUGGACCAACAUGGUGUGACGGUUCAAGUCCUUUCUACUGUUCCUGUGAUGUUCAGUUACUGGGCCAAACCUCACGACACACUGGAUCUCUGCAUCAUUUUAAAUGACAAUUUGGCCGAGACAGUGCGUAGCCACCCCAAAAGGUUUGUGGGCCUUGGAACGCUGCCCAUGCAAGCUCCUGACUUGGCCGUACUGGAGAUGAGGCGCUGUGUAAAAGAGCUGGGCUUCCCUGGGGUGCAGAUCGGCUCUCAUAUCAACAACUGGGACCUCAAUGCCCCUGAACUCUAUCCUUUCUAUGCUGAAGCUGAGGAGCUGGGCUGCUCCAUAUUUGUUCACCCAUGGGACAUGCAGACAGAUGGCAGGAUGGCUAAGUAUUGGCUGCCCUGGCUGGUGGGCAUGCCCUCUGAGACAACCAUGGCUAUUUGCUCGAUGAUAUUUGGAGGCAUCUUCGAGAGAUUCCCUAAACUGAAAGUCUGCUUUGCUCAUGGAGGUGGCUCUUUCCCAUUCACCAUUGGCAGAAUCGAACACGGGCACACGGUCCGACCAGACCUGUGCGCGGUUGACAACAAGAUCAGUCCACGGAAAUACCUUGGGUCUUUCUACACAGAUUCGCUAGUUCACGAUCCCACUGCCCUCAAGCUGCUUGUAGAUGUUAUUGGAAAAAAUAAAGUAAUGCUGGGAACAGAUUAUCCAUUUCCACUUGGAGAGCUUCAGCCUGGAUCACUGAUUGAAUCCAUGGAUGAGUUUGAUGAAACAUUAAAGGACAAAUUGCUUGCUGAAAAUGCACUGGAAUUCUUGGGACUAAAGCGAGAACAAUUUGAAUAAAAAUUUUGAAUAAAGAUCUGAAAUACACCCAGUGA